GUCGAUCUUCCUGUUGCACCCGAGGAUGCUAUUACCAGUUCUGAUACCCCCAAGGGAUUCUCUCGUUUGUUGAGAUUCAAAGAAAUGGCUCUCAAGAGACAACAAGAGAAGAAGGAUAUUAAAUCAGGAGCCAUUCCCAAUCCUGCUGCAACUGUCACAAAGAAGGUGGGCAUUCAACCAGGAGAAAAGAUGAAGGAUUUCGUAAAGAGAGUCGAAACCGAAUACAAGAACGACAUGUUGACAGCUCAAAAGGCUGCUAAACCCGUCAGUGACCGAAAGAAGCGUAAUCAGGAGACAAGAAAGCAAAAGAAGGCAGCCAAGAUCCAAAAGGAAGUUGAUUUCUUCGGUGGUCGUGAUUUCGAUGAUUUGAAGGAUACCGUCAAAUUUGGUGAGGUUGCUGAUGCACCUCCUACUUUGAAUAAAAUACCAAAGGCUCGUGGACGUGAGAAGCAGGUAUGA